AUGCUGCCCUUUGUGGAGUCCUUGCAGGCGUCGCAGCAGCACGCCGUGUCUGCCUUUUCCACUGCUUCCCUCGUGUCGCAUCUGUUGGACAACUUUUCCGAAGAGACUCCGGAUACCAUUUUCCGGCCAUCACAGAGCGUUCUCUCCAGUUUGAGCAGCCUCGACCCGACGUCCAGUUCCACCACCAGUCAUCCUGGGGCCGAGGUCCUGGCUGGCGAUGGCGGUGGGCAGGUGCCCAACACGAUCUUGCUGACGGCACGGCUCCCCCCGGGCCGAGCGGUCGACCGGCAGCUUGUGCCCGCUCCCGGGGGAGCCCUUUUCGAGGCGGCUCUCGCCUCCAAGGCCGGGCUGGUGGGAGCCACUUCGCUCGGGGACCAGGCGUACCUGACCGACGGCCCGGAGGCCGCCGGGCGCAUCAGCAUCCUGGAUUCGGUAUUUUCAGCUCGUGAGGCGGCCAAGCUGGCGGCCGAUCUGCGUGUUUGA